UCAAACAUGUCCAUUCUUUAGAGUUCUUUGGGCAAUAGCAGGGACGAUAAGAUCAUCGUCAAUAAUGGGGUGCGCAAUAUCCAGAGAAGUGCAAACAGUCAGAAAGAAGCAGAGACCGCAUUCUAGCGACCUACAAAUUCAAAGUGUAAAGAGCGCUUCAAAGGAUGUGGCGUCCAAUAUACUCGAACAAAACUUUACAACAAAGUACAAGUCCACUGAAAUAACAAAAAGGUCAGAUUCACAAGGAACGACCGUUGAGGAUGACCAAGUUUCAAUGGAUGGUGCUUCCAAUCCAAAUAGAACCUUAUCGAAACGAAUAUCUGACAAGGUAGAGUAUUUUGAGCAGUUGACUCGUAGAAUUUCGGAAGAACCCACGUUGAGAAAGAGAAAUUCUGCCUACUCCAAGUGGAAGAUAGAAGAGUUACCUCAAAGAAACCCAACGGCUCCAAUAGACUGGGAACACGUACCCAAAGAAAGGCUUGUGACUAUCGAACGUGGUGAUUCUGCUUCAAUAGGCCAAGUUUUUGCUGAGGAUGCAAGAAUCUGUCAACGUGUUACUUCUUGGAGAGAUGUUAUACAGCAGCUUCGCGAUGAACAUUUUCGAGAAAAUUAUUCAUUAGACAAGUCUUUGAAAAGACGUUCUUCCAAGCUAGGAGCUUAAAUUAUUAUCGAACAAAGAUGAGUUGUUCACAGGAAAGUGCAAAUAAGUUA